AUGGACCAGGACGCAUUCAGGUCCCUGCUUAGCCAGCCUCGCGCUGGCGGUUCGGCGUCAGGAUCUGGCUCGGCUUCUGGCUCGGCAUCACGGUCGCGCGGAGUGCUCGGCGCACCUCCAAAGAAACGAGGAUGGGGCCUCAAGCCCCGUGAGGGCUAUGAGAAGAAGGACGAGCCCAAGGAAGAGGAAGAGCCCAUGUUUGCGCCGCGCGCGCAUCAGAAGAAGCAGUUGGUUGCGCCUGCCGACGUCGCGUACAAGGACCGCGCCGAGCUGCGUCGCCGUGGCGGGGACACCGAGUUCAAGCAUGUCGAGAAGCUCUUGGAAGACUUUGAGCGUCGCAAGGAGGAGGCUGGUGUCGAUGCCGACAAGGUCGAGCAACAGCGUGCUCACCUGGGCGGAGACGCUGAGCACUCGGUCCUUGUCAAGGGCCUCGACUUUGCCCUCUUGGCGAAACGCAAGGCGGAGCUCGAGCGCGAGAAGCUGGCCAACGUAGACGACGAGCUUGACGGCCUGGCGUCCAAUGUCGCGAGAAGCAAAGCCGUCGAACGCGAGAGGCAAGCAAUUGCGAGACAGGAAGAAGACGAGAAGCGCAAGUUCCAGAGCAAGUUCAAGUCUAUUGGGCAGAAGCAAGCCGACGCCGAUGCCGCCGCUGCGGCCAAGGCUGAGAGGAAGAAGAAGAAGAAGGCCAAGGCAGCUGAGCCUGAAGUUCCAAAAGCCGCCCCUUCAAAGCGUGCUCCUAGUCCCCCCAGGCGUGCGCGUACACCACCUCCCGAUCCUGAGGACGAAGACGAUAUCUUUGGCGACGUCGGUACCUACGACCUGGCCACGGGUCGCGAGGACGAGGAAGAGGGAGAAGAGGAAGACGAAGACUCUGAGGACGACCGCAUGGAUGUCGACGAUGGCAAGAGGUCAAGGUCGAGGUCGAGGGGACGGUCAGUCGACUCUCGGUCAAGGUCCAGGUCCAGGUCCCGCGACGACCGUUCGAGGUCGCGUUCGCGCGACCGCUACCGCGACCAUUACGAUGAUGACCUCCGUCGACGCGACGACCGUCAGCAUGGCUAUUCCCGGGACCGCUACGAUCGCCCUGCGCGCCACGACGACCGGCGAGACACCUACUCGCGCAACGACCGAGAGCGGUACACGCGCUACACCUCCCCCUCUCGGUCUCCAUCCCCGCCUCCUCGUCCUGCUGCCCGUCGCCGGUCCAGGUCGCCCACGCCGCUGCUGCAAGCUACCAUCCCAUUCUCGCGCUCACCGACGCCCGAGUCCGAGGACGAAGGCCCAGUCACCAAGCUGCGUCCUCUUGCUGGCUCUGCCAUCGCCGACGUCCGGAGCUUCCUCGCUGCCGACCAGGAAGGAGCCAAGGACGACGCACGUCGCGCUAACAAGGCGAAAUGGCGCGCGCAGCAGGGCCUGUCAAUGCAAGACGGCGUCGACCCUGGCUCGAUCAAAAAGGACGUUCCCGACAAGCACAAGGCGAACCGUGACUACCAGCUGGUCAUGAACCGUGUGAAGAAGCAGGACGCCCAAGGCGACUGA